UAACCAGUUUCACACUUCCAAUCCGCCCAAUAUAUAGAGCAGCCCUUGCAUCCUAAUCUCACAACACAGAGCAAAACAAUCACCACUGCAGAGCAAAACAAUCACCACACAUGGCAACCGGAUCAUCGCUGGUGCCACUGCUGCUGAUUGCAGUAGCUGUUGCGCAGACUGUUGGAUCACAAGCUGGUAGCAUUUCCAUAUACUGGGGCCAGAAUGGUGGCGAGGGCACACUGGCCGACACCUGCGCCACCGGCAACUACAGGUUCGUCAACUUGGCAUUCCUGGCAGCCUUUGGCAAUGGCCAGCCUCCUGUGCUCAACCUGGCAGGCCACUGUGACCCGACAAACGGCGGCUGCGCAAGCCUCAGCGGCGACAUCAAGUCGUGCCAGAGCAGCGGUGUCAAGGUCAUGCUCUCCAUCGGCGGCGGUGCGGGCAGCUACUACCUUUCCUCAGCCGCGGACGCCAAGGAUGUUGCGACGUACUUGUGGAACAAUUUCUUGGGGGGUCAGUCAUCUUCGCGCCCCUUGGGUGAUGCGGUCCUUGAUGGCAUAGACUUCGACAUCGAGGGCGGCACAAACCAGCACUGGGAUGAUCUUGCGAGAUACCUGAAAGGGUACAGCAACUCCGGCAGGAGGGUGUACCUGACCGCUGCGCCUCAAUGCCCGUUUCCUGAUAGCUGGGUCGGUGGCGCGCUCAACACCGGCCUGUUUGACUACGUCUGGGUGCAGUUCUACAACAACCCUCCUUGCCAGUACAGCUCAGGCAGCACCACUGAUCUUGCUGAUGCAUGGAAGCAGUGGCUGUCAAUUCCGGCGAAGCAGAUCUUUCUUGGCCUCCCGGCUUCGCCUCAGGCAGCUGGGAGUGGUUUUAUACCAGCUGAUGACCUCAAGUCUCAGGUGCUUCCGUUGAUCAAGAGCUCAGGGAAAUAUGGAGGGAUCAUGCUGUGGUCCAAGUACUAUGAUGACCAAGAUGGCUACAGUUCUUCAGUGAAGAGUGAUGUGUAGGUUGUUUGCGUGUGAUGAUGUGUUAUAAUAUCUGUGUGUUACUUGUGUGUGUGAGAAAUUAUGUGUGACUCUGGAUAGUAUAAUAAGUAUU